UUCAGCUCGCGCCGCCAUUCGACGCGGACGAACCACUCCACCGCCCACGCUCUGCCUGCCUGCCCAUCGGUGUUUCAGCACGCUCGUUCCUGUGUGAUCCGCUCACACGUUAUCCCUCAUGGGUCGGAGAAAGAUCGAGAUCAAGGCGAUCAAGGAUGACCGCAACCGCUCAGUGACCUUUCUGAAACGGAAGGGCGGUCUCUUCAAGAAGGCACAUGAGCUCGCCGUCCUGUGCUCCGUCGACGUCGCCGUCAUCAUCUUUGGCCACAACAAGAAGCUCUACGAGUUCUCGUCAUGUGAUAUGCGCGAGACGCUCGCUCGAUAUCAAUACUUCGGUCCGCCACAUGAGCACAAAGGCCCCGAUGACUUCAACGGUAAGCGCGACGAUGACGAUGACGAAGAUGAGACGACACCCGCCCCCGAAGAUGUGCACCCGACGCCUCCCCAUCCUCCCAUGAUCCCCGCUCAUUUGCCUGGACAUCCCGGCUUCCAACACGUCAACCAUGCUCCCUCUGCGUCUCCGCCGAUCCCCAACGGAAUGCCCUUUGACCCGCGCCAUGGUACCCCUCAACCGCAGGUUGUCUCCCGACCGUCCUCACGGAAUCACCUUCGUCGAGUGAGCUCCAACAUGGGUCCCCAGCAGCACCAUGCCACCCCGCCGCCCCCGCCGCCUCCGCCGCAGAAUGGCUUCACAUACAUCCCGAAUCCGUCCGUCUACAACCCCAACGCGUCUCACGCCAUGGGUCAACCUCGUCCCCCGCAGUUCACACAUUAUGGGCCUCCAGGGCCACAUCACGGACCGCCUCCGCCGCAGCAUCAGCCCAUGGCCCCGCAGCCUAUGCCACCGCACACAAUGGCGCCUCAGAUCAUCCACCACGCCCCUCCGCAGCACAUCCCGCAACAUCCCCCACACGCUCUUACUCCGCAACCGCCGCCGAUGGCCAUGUCACAACCGCCCCACCCCGCUGUGCCGCAGGUGGCGCAAGCGUUUAUACCGGAACAGGGACGAAACUCCAUGCCGCCGACGUUUGCGACGGAGCAACAGCCACCGCCGCCGCGGACGGUGUCGCUGCCGGAUGGGAGCGCGGCAGAAGCGAUACCGGGGCCGUUAAAGACGGAGGGGAGUCCGUCGCCUCCACACCAGCGAUCUCUGUCGUCCAAGUCGCGCAGUAUCUUCACGCCGAUUGACGAUCGGGGGUCCGUAUUGGCGCGGCACUUUGGAGUAGGUCCGCCGACGUGUGAAGCGGGCGAGAACGCGCAACUGAAAGCCGAGGCACCCCUGGGACUGAGCGAGAUGCGGGUCGGGCUCGCGCCAGUGCCCCCGCCCCCUCGAGCGGCAACAGAGGCUCCGCGUCCACAGCCGGUCGACCUCAAGCCGCCUUCGCGAACGAACAGUGGGCAGCUGCCGCCGAAGCGACCGCAGCUAAAAGUGCAGAUCCCGAGCGAAAACUCGGAUCGGGGCAGUGCGACGGCGGACUCCUCGUCACGAGAUUCGGCGGGGAACAAAACGCUGACGCCGGCCAAGGCCAAUCCGGACGCCAACCACUCGAGCGUGGUACUGCCGCCGCCGUCGCCGUCGGCCGGAGCGAUACUGAGCGCGGGGGCACAGGGACCGCCGAAUCCUUUCGCGCGGCCGGCGCCCCCCGGGGCAGCGGCGCAGAACAACACGGCGUACAACAACAACAGCAACAUCGACACGCCGAUCUCGGCGCUCCCCAGCCGGUUUGUGUCGGAUGCGCUUCUCCCGUCACCGUCCAGCUUCUUCCCGGAAUGGGGUUUCGGGCGGUCGGGGCCGGACAGCAACAUGCUGCCGAGCCCACUGACGUUCCCCACGCCGGCGGUGCAGUCGGGCCCGGGGUUCGGGCGGGACGAGGAGCAGGAGAAGAAGCGCAAGAGCCCGGACAGCGGCCCCAACGCGGAGGGGGUGAUGAAGAAGCCCAAGACGUAAUCCCAGCCAUGUGACUAGUACUAGACUGAUCUGAUGAUUGUGGUGUUUUUGUUCCGUUGGGGUCCGUCCCCCCAUGUUUCAUAAUAUGGCAUCUCAUGGCGUUGGCGAAAGCGAAAGCUCCUGAUGGGU